AUGGAACAAGAGCUGUCCAUUACAACUCUCCUUGAAGCUAUCACAGCCCUCACCACCACCGUUGGGUCCUUGCAGGCCCAAAUUCAGUCACAAGGCCAACAGCUUGCAGAGCUCAAAACUGUCCUAGACGUCUAUAAGGACGUCAAGGCAGAGGGCGCUUGCAGCCGGGAAACAGCCAACCAUCUUGGGGACAAGGACCAAGGAGGAACCCAAGCCCAACCUGGCCCAUUGACUGGGCCUAUAACCCCUCCUACUUUCACAGGGGCUCAAGCCAACACUCCAAGAAUGGCUAGGCCUGGGCUUAGGGAACCAUUCCACCCUCUCAGGAGCACAAUGGGAUACAGCUCAGAGGAAGAAAGGGAAGAAGAGCCAAGGAGGCAAAUUAAAAAAGAGCCUUGUGGAUCAUCUAGGGAUCUAAGGACCCUUACUCCAUUUAGCUUGGGAUUGGACACCAAAUGUCCCAAAAUGGACUUACCAAACCCCUUCAAAGGAGACAUCAGGGGCCGGAAGGUGGUACAAUGGCUUGAUUGGAUGCUACUAUGGGGUGCCAUACGUUGGGACCAGUUCAAUGAGGACAAACAAAUGGUGGUCUGGAUCCUGUACCAUAUGGAGGACAAGGCUGCUGACUGGGCGCUCCCCAUAAUUGGCACCAUCAUCAAAGGCAAAACCAACACCCCCACCACUAUCCCUGCCAUAACAGCUUGCUUCAAGGAGUCCUUUGCCAAUCCUGACGCUAAACAGGCAGCUGCGCAUAAAAUUGCCACCCUUAUCCAGACCGCCUCAACAGCAGAAUACGUCACUGAGCUCCGCAAUGAGAUUGCAGAGCUUGACUGGAACAAAGAGGCAUACAUUGCCCAGUUCACAAGGGGCCUUCACUGGAAGGUCAAGGAGCUCUUGUCUACCAAAGACAACAUCCCAGAGGAGCUCAAGGCCAUCUUUGCUGCAGCCACAAAAAUUGACAAUAUCUGCUGCAAAAACAAGGAAAAUGUUGUACACCACUGUAAGGUGGGUACACGCUAA